AUGCAGUCACAUAAAAUAAAAAUUGCAGAACUUUCUAAAUCAAUAAAUAUAUCAAGGCAAAAAGGUUGCGUUGAUGCUCUUGAACAUUUGGAAAUAAAAACAAACUUAGUAAAUCUGAUUAGUGAUUUUAAUGAAGAUGGAAUUGUUCUGGAUUUCGUACCAUUUGAAUAUUUCAAACGAUAUAAUAGAGCACUGACUUACUCUGAUGAAUUGUGCAUAGAAGAUUUAGAGAAAAACAUGCCAAAUGUAUUCCAUAUAACAAAAAAAAUUGGUUCUGAACCAUCAGUUCUCAAGGUUCAACCUAAUGUUCGCUGCAUGUUGGGAACAGAGGAUCAUAGUAAUCAAGCGCGCAAGGAACAGCAUCUUCAUUCAUUUCACUUUCCAUCAUUAUAUGACCGAGGAAAAGAUUAUUAUUAUCAGAGACUUUAUACAAAUAGUCACUCUAGAUCUCAUGAUAAGUGGGAAGAAAAAGAUUAUAAUAAAAGAUUAAGGAUCGAUGAUUGUUGGAAAAAGAACACCAAUGGUCCACCAUGGACAAAUCCUUAUGGCAGUUUGCCUCCAAGUUUUCAGACCGAGAGACAUCAAGAUGAAAAAACACCAUGGACAAAUCCUUAUGGCAAUUUGCCACAAAGUUUUCGGAACGAGAGACAUCAAGAUGAAAAAUAUCGAAAUGAUUAUGAAAGGUAUCAAGAUGGUUAUGGGAGAGGUUAUGAUGAUUGGAAUAAAUAUAAAUAUUCACCUGAGCAACCAUUAGGAAAUCCUUAUAGAG